AAGAAAUAGAAAAGCAUGCGUGUGGGUCUACAAUUGCAAACCAAACAAGUGGUUCAAAUUUAUCUCCAACUGAAGCGAUUAAACAAAUUCGAAACCACAUCCUUUAAUAAUCCUCACUCAGAUUCUUCUUUCUCUGCUUCCGAUUCGGCUCUCAAUCCUCCGAUUAUCCUCAAGAUUAUGACGAGCGUAACGUUCGGUCACCAGAGUAAUUGGUCGCCCGGGAUUGGGAUUCAGGAGCAUCUAGGUAGAGCAAAGAUUUCUAGAGUUGCGCAUUCAUAUUCGGAGUAUUGUUGUCCAUUUCUUCCUUCCAGAGAAACAAGCACUCACCAUGGGAAUCAUGUUGCUUACUGUCGCCGACGAACUGGACGGCAAAUUAGACCUGUUCUUGCAGGUUCCGUCGACGGUGCCAUGGAUCCUGAUGAGUCCGAUCGUGAGAUUAACGACAGUGAGAGUCCCAAACCUGAAAAUGGAGGGAUGAACUUCGAAAUGCUUAGGGAAAACUUGGAAAGAUCGGUUGGGACGGAUGAUUCCAGGUUUAGUGGGAUUGACUUAGCUACUAUUAUCAGAAAUAAGUAUGGCAAGUCUUACGAUGUUCAACUGAUAAAGAAGGAGUUCAUGGGACGAAAUCUUCUUGCUUUAAAUGUCAUGUGGAAAUACAGAGAGCAGAAAUCAUUUCCAUUGUCCGAGGAAGAGUACCUAUUGCGGCUUGAUGGUGUGGCUAAUACGUUAAAAUGCUGGGGAGCCGUUGCCCAUAUUCGGAACAGCUUAGACAAAACUAAAGACAGGCCCCGGAUAGGAAAGGCAGUCAGUAUUUUUAUCGACAUGGAUGAGUCUGGUGGCCGUGCCAAUGAGUGGAUAUACAAGUAGAUUACUUAUACGAACAAAAGUCAAAUGUAUAUUUAUUAUAUUAUUUUUUUUGUAUAGGUAAAAGUCCAACAAAUACACUUUUUAUUUAUUUAGACAACUUUAGUUCCUCUAGGAUACAUUUGUUACUAAAUAGUAAUGGUGGUUUGUAUAAACAUGUGACAAUGAGGCGGUCUUUUUGAUCCCUUCGAGGUGGAUA